UUGGCUUUUGUGUGGUCUGCUCUCCUUGAUGCCCUGAGAGAUGAGUUAAGCUUGUUUCUGCUCCGUUUCCCCUGUCAGAGGAUGAGGGUAUAUGAUACCCCCUUUCUUUUCUGAGGAAGAGGCUGUCGCCUUUUCAAAGCUAGGAUCAAGAGGGGUGGUCUCUGGCAGCAUCCCUGUAGCCUCAUAGGCCAUCCAGUGCCCUUCCCCACCUGCGAGUGAGAUUUUGGGUUUCAGUCUCCUUGGUGGCUUCCCCACCUUUCGCUGAGCAUCCUGAUUCUAUCAUCCUGUGCCAUCUCAUGCUCACCGUGGGUACUCAGACGUUGACAGGAGGUUGUGGUGACCCAAUCGACAGGUUGCAUGUUAGGAGCCAAGUAUGGACUUGCUCCGGUCUCCGACCCUCAUCUUUAGAUCCUUUUCCUUGAGAGAGUAAUUGGGCAGAACAAAAUGUAUGUGUGUGGAGGAGGGUAGCAAAUAGAACCGCGAAGGAACCACUCCUGCCCCUUUUUCUGUCUUCUGUUUGUGGGUGCCCGAUUGAUUACCUUUUCUCUGCUUUGAGCGACGUGGUCCCACAGCCGUUGCCUUUUUAAGAGAGGCCCGGCCCAGCGGAGGGGGUGGGGCAGAGGCGGAGUCUGCGGAGCUGGGGAAGGAACAAAGCGCGGCCUGCGGGCGGCGGCUGGGCUCGGGCGGCGGCUGGGCUCGGCCAGCGAGGGCCGCGGGGUGCGGGGCCUGCGGGCGGCGGCCCGGGCGGAGCGUUGGAGGUAAGGAGGCGGCGUCGCCGUCCGCGCCGGCCCGGCCAUGAACGGGCUACCUUCAGCCGAGGCGCCGGGUGGCACGGGCUGCACCCUGGCCGGGCUUCCGCCACUGCCGCGCGGCCUCAGCGGCCUCCUUAACGCGAGCGGGGGCUCGUGGCGGGAGCUGGAACGCGUCUACAGCCAGCGCAGCCGCAUCCACGAUGAGCUGAGCCGCGCCGCCCGCGCCCCGGACGGGACCCGCCACUCGGCCAGCGCGGGACCCGCUGCUGGCCCACGGCGUCCUCUUAACCUCGACUCGGCGCUAGCCGCGCUGCGCAAGGAGAUGGUGGGGCUGCGGCAGUUGGACAUGUCCCUGCUGUGCCAGCUGUGGGGCCUAUAUGAGUCAAUCCAGGACUACAAACACCUGUGCCAAGACUUGAGCUUAUGCCAGGACCUGUCAUCCUCCCUGCACUCGGACAGCUCCUACCCACCUGAUGCCGGCCUAUCUGAUGAUGAGGAGCCUCCUGAUGCCAGCCUGCCCCCUGACCCACCGCCCCUUACUGUGCCCCAGACGCACAAUGCCCGUGACCAGUGGCUGCAGGAUGCCUUCCACAUCAGCCUCUGAAGAGCUGGGGGGUGGGUGGCAUGCACCCAUGCAAAAGGCUCAGAAGCUCACUCGUCAGCAAGUCCUCAGACUGCAGUGCCUGCUCUUUCCCCCAUACCGCCUCACCUCACAGGAGGGCAAGGCCUGUGCCACCUCAGAGGCAAAACUGCCAACCCCUCUCUCCUGUCUUGGGUUAGCUGGCACUGGGGCGGGUACCUAGGUUAUAGCCUCUGCUCAUGGCACUGGGCCCCCACUUCUCCCACAUGUGUGUGUCCCCAGCUUGGCCAACCCUGAUUUUGGCGAUGGGGCCCAAAGCAUCUUACUCUCCCCUUGGCGUCUCUGUGAUUGGGAUGAGUGCCUGGCUCCUAUCUCCUUCUAGCCUUUUGUUGCUACUGGCAGCUGCUGGCUCAGGGGCAUCCCACCUCUGAUCUCUGGGUUCCACUCCCCUGGACAAGGGCUCCAGGACCCGUCCUUGCACCUACCCAGGGCCAAGAGGGCCACAGGCUCCAUGCUGGAUAUUUAAGUUUAGGGGCCAGCCUUCUGGGCGCGUAGAUAAAUAAAUACUCUCUCCGCGUUGUUGU